AAGGUUGCGCAAGACUACAUCCAGAUACGAUACUGACCUAUAUAACGUAAGUUACACUGUCUCUGUACAUAGCCACUGUAUACUUACCAUCAAAGGAUUUAACACUUCACAUAUUCACCCAAGCUGAAAAUAGGAUAUGGAGGAGGAGAGCCCCCCGUCGUACACCGACACAAUGGCCGCCAUUGCUGAGGGGAUGCGACACCAAGGGAUACAGACGCCGUCCAGCCUCAACCCCGAGGAUUUAUCCGGAGAUUCCUUUGUUGUUAUAUUUCCUCCAUCAUCGACCAGCAGCUACAGAAGCUUCAGAAGUGGAUCAUCCAUUCAGUCAGUUGAUACAAACAUACAAGGGCCUCCACCUGCUUACCCAGAGCAUACAUCUCGAGGAACUCGCAGAACAUCAGCAGAACCAGUUUCACAUAAUACAGAGCCCAGUUUCAGUUUCAUUGGUGACCAGCGAACUUCAUCACUUGAUGCUGAUGUUGAGAAAGUGUCUGUUCCAGUAUCUCUUCAAGAUGCCACCCAGUCACACAGAAUGGUUCCACUGCCACAGACCGGAGCCCAGUCAGACCGGAAGUACUUUCCAGGUUUUCCACGCCCAUCACCAGCGGCCUCAAACAUUCGUGACGACGCCAUUUUGUCAGAUGGGGCGUCAUGGAAACCAUUGAAGCACAACCCGUCGUUACCGGGAAGAAUCGUUAUAGAACAAUAUGAGCACGUCAUCUCAAGUUCCUCCCCCGCUGCCAUGGAGAUCAGAUGGCGUGUUCCUGAAAACGCGACCCACUUCACUGGUUUGAUUUACGUGGUUGAGACAAACUGGUCGUCCCACCCACUCCUUUCAGUCACACCGAUAACCAAACCGAUCGAUCGGGAAACAGAUGACGACCAUUGGGUAGAAAUAAUAGACACUGCCAAGCCGUUUAUUCGCUUGUUUCGAACUCAGUCGAUGCUUACGAUUGGACAUGCCAAAUGGGCUCUCAACCAAUCAAGUGCAACACACGGUCUGAAAAUGUGGUUCCGCGUUCGAGCUGUCGAUGGGUACAACAGGCUGCCAUCUUGCAAGAAGGGUCCUUGGAGUGAGGAGUUUAAGGUCCACUUCAUUGAAACGGGCGGCAUCACGAAGUCUCAAGAAAACGCAUGGAAAAAAUCCCAAGAAGCUGCGAUGGGAACAAGUGACAUAUCUAAACAAGACAAAGAUGCUGAACCCCUGACAUUCGCACUAUCCGCAUUUUACGCAAAAAACGCACCAUCCGCAACAACCGCAUCUUCCGCAAAAACCGCACCAUCCGCAACAGCCGCAUCUUCCAGCUUGUCCACAGAUGCGGUUAAUAUUCACAAGUUAGAGUAUUACAUACACUCCGAUUCACCAACCGAGACGCGAAUAACAUGGGAAAGACCUUCAAAUUCGGGGAAGUUCAGGCGAAUGUUUUACGAAAUACAAUCCAUGCAAGAACCACCGCAAAACAAGGGACCUAACGCCACUCGAUUUAAACAGUGUGUCUUAUCGGAAUCAUGGAAAACAAUAGCAGAUACACAGUCGUCUCCCCUUAGACUGUACAAAUUCCCGAAGCACGUCUCCAUCGGCCGGACAAGAUGGGACUUUUCUCCGCACAUGGCGCCAUAUACGUUGUUACUGAGGAUCCGUCUUGUCGGGAUGAUGCGAGAUUUUGAUGGGGUGAGUGAGGGGCCGUGGUCGGAUACCGUGCGUAUUCAUGUUCAAGCGGAGAAGCCAGUCUCGACUCAAUAAUGGGGCGUGUUAAAGAACAAUGCUAUCCCAGCUAACAAUUUCAUGUUGUCACAACGUUAUUCUGUGGACUCCCAUUUACGUUGGUCACAACGUUGUGGCCUGACGUUGUGGUACGUCAUUUUUACGUCGCCACAAGGUUAAAGUUAGUUCAUGCUAACGUAUUUAACGUUGUCUUAACGAUCUAUUUAACGUUAACAGUUUAAUAGUUUUCCCAGUAGUGAACAGAACAUACGAAACAAAGCAGAGAUUCACUUCACUGUUUAUUCGUCAAUUUGCAUGUUGUUUUGGUUCUGUUCUGAAGCUGUAGUUGAACAGUGAAGAAAGAAUCUCAAAGUGAAAAAAGUUUUACAGACUAUCGUGGCCCAAAGUUAUAAGAAACGUUGUUAUAACGUUGUGAGGAGCCCAAAGCAUCACUUUUCCUGGACGUAAAUUUGCAACGUUGUUACUACGUUGUGACAUAACGUUAUAAAAUGACGUAACACUAACGUUGUGUCGUGACGGUACAUAUCUAAACCUCCCCACAGCGUAGCGAAAACCUGUAGCUGGAAUAUCAACUGUAUAACAAAUGCUGAUCUCCGCUCAUGGGAAGAAAAUGUUGCAUGUUGGUAUGUGUUUGGAUCUCCGAUGAAAGAGAUUACGUACUUGGGCUACAGGGUACAUCGUCCACACGGAGAGUAGGUUGUGAACCAAAAGACGUUGAAAGAUGAUUGGAACCUGAUCACGAGCAUACUCGCCUUAACAUGGCUGAAGUAACUGAAACGCACAUAAAAUAUUCCAGAACGUUCUCCAUGACAACAUAAUUCGCGAUUCUACUCAUUAGAGUGAGUGUGUGAGUAAGUUAAAAUUUGACGUCAUAUCGGCAAUAUUUCAGCCAGAUUGUGAUGUAAUCAUUAGGAGAGUGGUGAUGUCACUGAGAAUCACACGGGUCGGAGUUCGAAUCUCAAAAGGAAUUAUUUACGUAUUCUCUU